AUGGAACAGCCCGAGACACCCGACGAUACACUGAGAUCUGUUCAACCACCAAGGCCACCCCCUGCGUCUUCUAUCUCGCCUCAGUCCACUCCACGUCUCGCCAACAGCGAGCCAAACCCCGAUCCCCCGAUCAUCGAAGACCUGUCCGAUUCUGUACUUUCUCUUCGCUUCCCGAGACCCCUAGGAAACCGCCAGUUGACCAACUGGAUUUCCUCUAGUUCACCAGACAUAAUGCAGCCAGGAAAUGUCUUAGAGGAGGAUCCCAACUUAGCCGAGCUGGGAUACGAUAUAAUUGGAACCGACGGGGAGAGUCAGGCCGAGUCUGUCGCCAGCUCAUUCGAUUACCAAAAGUCCGAUGGCAUUCAUAGUCUUACCGGUACUGACGUCGAUACCGACUCGUCCGAUGAUGAGGAAACACACAUGAAUGAGACCACCAUAUCCGAUGCCACUGUUAUCGAUCGACCUCAAGAUGAUGAGGCUGCCGAGGCUGCCGAGGCCGAGACCCUCGCCUUGGUGGAUCAAAGCCUAGAGAACCCGACCAGCUUAUCUCUAACCAACUUUCCUCCUCUCACCUCUUCGUCUCACCUAGACCGUAUUGAUACCCACAAGCCAACCGGGAUCCAGUCUUCGGCCGUUGAUAGCCAAUGUCUCUCUGGUCCAGAAAUAUUGCCAGAGCCUUCAAUCGAAAAGGAGUCGGAGAAUGCGGAUCCUUCAUCAUCUAAGGCGACGAAGGGUCGCAGAAUCCCCUAUUCGACCCUUAGCAAUAUCCAGAAGAAGUGGCGGAUGAUGGUAAUGGUGUGUAGCCUUGCCAUGAUCUAUAGCCUCGCACUGGUCACGAAGUCUGUGUUCUUGGCCUCAGGGCCUAGAGAAUUAUCGACGGUCCCAGUUGCGUCAGUCUCUGUGAUUGUGCCCUUGACCUCUACUAAAUCCACACAUUCCCUCUCGACUUCGACGUCGAUAGUUUCGCAGACGCAUGCCUCUUUACCAACUGCUAGCUCUCCUAACAGUCUCGUUUUCAAUCCAUUCAGCAAAGACAAUGGUCAAGCCGAUGUGGAUGCUGUUCCUGUUUUACCACCCAUUUGCUCAGCUGAAUUAUCUGGCCGGGAUGAGAUCAUCAUCAGAAUCCCCCCAACCAUCAAGUCUGACUGGCUUGCUAAAGAUGCCAUUCUGAUUGCUGUGAGCCGCGGGCUUGAGGACAUCCCUACGAAGGUGUCUUCAAUUGAUGCAGGCUUCGCCAUUCAAGUGCCCCUAAAAGACGCACAUGGUGUGCUGUCUGUGACGAUUGUGACAACCCGCAAGCCUUUCGUUAACGAGUCCUUUCGUCUCAAUUUUGGCAGCCACCGGUUCACGGAGGCUGUCCACGCCGGCAAGCAACUCGUUCGAGACUUUGCACAGAGAGUUGUCGACACUGUUAAUGGAACAACAUCGUGGGUCGAGGAGACCUAUAUCCCUGCCUUUGACGCCAUGUCGAAACAAGUAUGCGACCAGACGGUCUCAGUCUCCGGCUCGCUACUCCAUGGGCUCCAAGAAUUGGGCGAUGCUUUCAUGUCCAUCCCCCGUCAGCUCAUUGCGCAGAUGCAGAAUGCUCUUGACAUGCAAUCGCUUCGCCGCCGUGCUAUCCAAAUCCAGCUUGAACUGAGACGAGAAGUUGAAGACAUCGGCGACGAGCUGCGCAUGGCGAUGCUCACAAGCCGAAUCAAUUCGAAGUUGAUGUGGUUGGCGCUACGAGGCAAGGUCGAGGAACAUGGUGCGUAUUUGAACAAAGCCGAGCUGCACUGCAAGGAGCAGCGGGCCCGUGUCGAUUCGGCUAGGGUUGAAAGGGCUCAGCGCACCAAGAACAAGAUCCAGGCUUGGCGUGAGCGGGACGGCCCCGUUUCUAAAGAAUCUUUCUGGCAUACUAUGGGCGCAUGGGCGGGGUUUGAGGAACGUUAA